AUGGACGCCACGGAUGGGGAUGAAGACGAAGAGAUGCUGAGAAAGGCUGCGCUCAAGUCAAUGGCUUUGAAGGAUAAAUCCAAAGAUACCUCCGAUUUGAAGAAACGCAACAAAAAUGUGGUCAAAAGUAAUAACAAUUACUAUAAGAAUAGUCACCGAAAUAACGGCUCAAAGCAUUCAAAUCUGAUUGUUUUGACCAAAACUGAGCCCCAAAUGCCAGACAUCACCGAAAGUGAGUCAAAGAAUUACACGAAAAUCAGUGAUAAGAAGACGUCUUGCGAUGUGUGGAAAGGGAGUGAACAGAAGGGAAGCGUUGGUCCCGAGAGGUUCAGCCGAUAUGAACGCAACGACUCAACCGAUGAGAGCGACGAAGACAGCGAUGACGACAGACACUCAUUCACUGCCACCGCAAACGCAUGCGAAGACAUCAUUACUCCCGCCAACGUUGACAUGAAUUCUAGCGAACAGUUAUUAUGUGAAGACAUUAAUGACUCCGACAAAUGUGUUGAUAAUAACAAUGACUUGAAUUGUAUAACAAAUCGAUUAACGAAUUGUAAUAACGAAUCAAAAGACGAUUUGAGCACAACUUCGACCGCCGAAGACGUGAUCGACAAAAAGGAACCAAAAGAGAGAAUUAAAUUGAAUUCAUUUAACGAUAUCUCAAAGACAUCGGUCUUCGAGCGAAGGAAACAGAAAUUUGGUCCAACAAGUGAUGGAAGCGCUCACAACUCGGACGACAAAACGAGUUUGAGUACCGACUCAUAUGAAAGCAAUAAUACUAUGAAUGCGAACACAAACACCAGAAUUAGUGUUAAAAGUCGUUUGUCUGACAAUUUGAGACCAAAAGAGAGGUCUUAUUCCUCUAAGUGUAGAUCUAGUAAUUCUAAUCAUAGUAUUAAUAGUAAUCAUAAUAACAAUAAAGAGAUUGACAGGCGUUUCAAACAUAACUCAAAGAAGGCAUUUGAGCGACAAAUGGACUUAAAUGGCGACGAUUUCAGAGAUUGUGAUAAUUCUUCGUCUAAGAAAAGGUUACGUUCUUUUGUGGUAAUGAAAUGA